UAAAGGCGGAGGAGGGAGGAGAGGAAGGGAGGAGGAGACCAGCGGGAGGGAGGAGGCGGUCCCCUCCUCCAGCUCGGAUCCCCGGCUCUGGCUUGGCUGGGCUCAGAAACUUUCCAGUGCGUUUGCUGGGGCUACCGCUACAGCCGCCGGGCGGGCCCCAAGGCGGCCCGGCGGAGCCAUGAACCGGCUGGCUAAGCGCGGGAGCGAGACGCUCAUCGAGAUGGUGGCCACCGAUGAUGAUAUUGCUGUUCUCACCAAGUUCAAGUCCACAAAUCCAGAAGGAGAAGAAUCCAAUGGACCUCUGUAUGAAAUGAAUUCCAACGCAGGAUCUGAACUCCCAGGCAGCUCAGAGGGUCUAAGCAGCACUGAGACUACCUUGCUCAUCUCUGAUCAUCAAGGGACAGCAAAGAGAUUUAACCUGUUCCUGCGGCGGCGUCUUAUGUUUGACAAGCGCCAGCAAAGCAAGGAUUCUGUUUUCUUCCGCGAUGGGACACGGCAGAUUGAUUUUGUACUUUCCUAUAUUGAUGACCCAAAGCAGGAAGGUGAAAAAAAGGUGGAAAGAAGAAGGGAAUUUGAAAAUAACCUCUUAAAAUCUGGCCUGGAAUUAGAAACAGAAGACAAAAAGGACUCUGAGGAUGGCCGAACUUACUUUGUCAAGAUCCAUGCCCCUUGGGAGGUGCUGACCACAUAUGCGGAGGUGCUGAACAUAAAGAUGCCCAUUCGGGAGAAUGACAUUCCCCCAGCCAUGGAGAAUCCCUUUGAGUGUAUGAUUGAGCCUUUCCGGCUCCCAAAGAAUGUGAUGAACCCGGAGCCGGACUACUUCACAGCCCCAUUCAGCAAACAAAGGCAGGAGCUCUUCCUCAUUGAAGAUGAGAACACCUUUUUCUCACCAUCAGUGAGAAAUAGAAUUGUUUACUAUAUUCUUACACGGUGCCCCUAUGGAACAGAAGAAGGGAAGAAAAAAUUUGGCAUUAAGAGACUGCUAUCCAAUGGAACCUAUACAGCAGCUUAUCCACUCCAUGAUUGCCAAUAUUGGAAGAAAGCAAAGGAUCAAAACAGCGGCAAUGAGAGGUAUACCCUCUAUACUGAAUGGGCUCGCUUCUUGAGGUUUUACAAGGAGCAACCUUUAGAUCUGAUCAGGCGAUAUUAUGGAGAGAGAAUUGGCAUCUAUUUUGCCUGGCUGGGAUUCUAUACUGAGAUGCUGUUCUUUGCAGCCGUUGUUGGCCUCAUCUGUUUUUUAUAUGGUUUGAUUACGAUGACUGGCAACAUGAGCAGCAUAGAAAUCUGCAAUGAGUCCAUUGGAGGAGAGAUCAUCAUGUGCCCUCUUUGUGAUGUGAAAUGCGAUUAUUGGAAAUUGAAUACCACGUGUGAGUCCUCAAGGGUCUUAUCCCACUUGUUUGAUAAUGUCGCCACCCUAUUUUUUGCAAUUUUCAUGGGAAUUUGGGUUACCUUAUUCCUGGAGUUUUGGAAACGGCGCCAAGCCCGGCUGGAGUACGAGUGGGACUUGGUAGACUUUGAGGAAGAGCAGCAACAACUCCAGUUGAGACCUGAAUAUGAAGCCAAGUGUACUCAAAAGAAAAAGAACCCCGUGACUCAGGAGCUGGAGCCUUACUUGCCUCUAACUAGUCAGACACUGCGAUUCUGUUUCUCAGGAGCUACCGUGUUGUUCUGGAUCUCUCUGAUCAUAGCCAGUAUGAUAGCAGUAAUUGUGUACCGCCUGUCGGUCUAUGCGGCAUUUGCAAGCUUCAUGGAGAGUACAGAAACCCUCCAGCCCAUCAGCAGCCUGUUGACACCCCAGUUGGCCACCUCGGUCACUGCAUCCUGUUUGAACUUUGUCAUCAUCAUGAUCCUGAAUUUCUUGUACGAGAGGAUUGCCGUCUGGAUCACAGAUAUGGAAAUUCCUCGAACUCACCUGGAGUAUGAGAACAGGCUCACGAUGAAAAUGUUCCUGUUUCAAUUCGUUAACUAUUACUCGUCAUGUUUCUAUGUGGCAUUCUUUAAAGGGAAGUUUGUGGGCUACCCAGGAGCCUACACAUAUAUGUUCAACAAAUGGAGGAAUGAAGAGUGUGAUCCAGCAGGUUGCCUCAUAGAACUGACAACACAGCUCACCAUCAUCAUGGCUGGAAAGCAAAUCUGGGGCAAUGUCCAGGAAGCCAUUCUGCCUUGGAUUUGGAACUGGUGGAGACGCCGGAGAGCAAGAACCAACUCUGAGAAACUGUAUAGCCGAUGGGAACAGGAUCAUGAUCUUCAGAGUUUUGGGGCCCUGGGGCUGUUCUAUGAGUACUUAGAAAUGGUCAUCCAGUUUGGCUUCAUCACACUGUUUGUGGCUUCCUUUCCUUUGGCUCCUCUUCUUGCUCUUAUGAACAACAUUUUGGAAAUCCGAGUUGACUCUUGGAAACUGACCACCCAGUACAGGAGGCCUGUGUCUGCCAAGGCCCAUAGUAUAGGAGUGUGGCAAGAAAUUCUCAAUGGCAUGGCUGUUUUGUCUGUUGUGACCAAUGCCUUCAUUGUUGCCUUCACAUCAGACAUGAUUCCCCGGCUCGUUUACUACUAUGCCUACUCAACUGACUACAAUUCCCCCAUGUCUGGAUACAUUAACAACAGCCUUUCCGUGUUCCAGAUCUCUGAUUUUCCAAAUAGUACAGCACCUUCGGAGAGCACGGGUACAUUCACCACUUGCAGGUAUAGAGAUUACCGCUAUCCCCCUGACCACGAAAAGAGAUAUUUACACACCAUGCAGUUCUGGCAUAUUCUUGCUGCCAAGAUGGCCUUCAUCAUUAUUAUGGAACACAUUGUUUUUAUUGUCAAAUUCUUUGUGGCCUGGAUGAUCCCUGAUGUCCCAUCGGAGGUGAGAGCCAGAAUCAAACGGGAAAAGUUCCUGACCAUCCAAAUCCUCCAUGAGUAUGAGCUCAACAAACUCAAGGAGAACCUGUGCAAUAGGACAGAUUAUCAAGUGGAAAAGGAAGUUAUUGCCACAGAAGGGAAAAGGGAGCUGGCCCAGGUGAUGGGAUAGCCAAGGAACCCGACUGAUGCCUGGUGGCCUGACUUGCCUCAAUUCUCUGACACCUGGUUUGGGCCAGGAAUCAGAUGUGCAUUUUGGUCCUUCAAUUUUUUACCCAAAGAUUUUAAACUCUUCUAGAAGUCACUGGUCCCAAGCUUUGCCAUAUUGGAAACCCGUUGUAACUUCACGGUGCCAUAUCUCAUCACGUGCUGUUUUAUGGAUUUCUGUGUAUAACUGUUAAAGUGUGUGUGUCCAGAAUCCAAUUAUUAGAAGAUCAUGGAGUGUUGCUCAAAAUUUUCAUGGUAAGGCAACAUGUCAUCCUCCAGUACAUCGGCAUGUUGUCAAAAUCUUCCGUCCUCCAGAAAAGUUUUUACAUCUUGGUUUAAGUCUUCCCAUCAAGUGAUUUUAAAACAAAAAACAAAAAGGAAAGGAUUGUGUCUACCAAAGCAUGCACAUCUUGCCACUUACCCAAAGGACUAAAAUCAGUUCAUUUAAAAGAAACACACACACACACACACACACACACACACACACCAACAACAACAACACAAAAAAUCAGAAGACUACAUCAGCUGAAACAUGAUUUUCUGGGCUCAGUGAUUAAAUCUAAUGAAUUAAAUGUCCAUUAAAAUCCAGGAUGGCUGGCCUUCCAGGAAAUUUCAUAAUUAUUUUUUCCCAAAGACAGACUUCUUAAGCAUUGAAGAACUAAACCAUCCAGGUUCUUGAAUGCUAUUGUCUCUAACCUGGGAAUCAAGCAUGCUUUGGUGUGUUGAAUUUCUGUGAGUCUCCACAAAUAUAAAAAUGGGUUGUACAGAAGCUAAUAUCUUAUCUUAAUAUUUAAAGAAAUCAAGACAAUAUAUAUUAAUGUAUCUGCUAUCCUUAAAGUUAUGAAGUUGGUAGAAUGAUCAUUAUUGAAGUCUUGCCUUCUGGAAUGCUUCACUCGUCUCACGGAGCCAUUUUUGCAUACUAUCAGAUGUUAGCCAUGUGUAUAAGUUAGCCAUAAGCUAUUUAUGAAAUGUGUACUUGUGAAAUCAAUUUCAAGCCUUUUCAAAUUAUUUCACAACUGUUUUCUAUGGCUAUAACAGCCUGUACUGUGCUCAGUGCCUUUUUUCUAUGUCUUUGAUACAUAUGAAAUGAAAGUGUUGGUCCUUGAGUAAAUACCCUAUAUUAUAUUCCAAACACAAGCCUGCAGACCGUAGGAAGUUAUCAACCUAACAAUGAAGGCCCUGUGUUGUCCGUGGAGGAAGAGUGAAUGUUAGGCUUGUUAGCUGAAUCAGUAAUAUAUUUGUUGUAUAUUCCCAAAAUUAAGUGUAAGGUAUACCUUAUACAUAUAGUAGGAUUCUAAUGACGUUGAACCUAAAUCAUAUACCCAUAUGUACAUAUAUACACAUACACUAUAUAUGUACACAUCAUUUACAUAUAUUUAAAAUAGAAGAACAGUACAGUUUGGUACUAUUUGAACCCCUUCAUUCCUAGCUUAUGUUGAGUUCCAAAUGAAUGAUCUUUUUGUAUCCCAGGACAUCAUGAAAAUGUUUGAUCAAAACAAUUCUGACAGAAUUUCUCAUGGGAUUUUCCAUGUUAAUUACCUACCUCCUCUAGUACACAAUAUGCUUUUGCUACCAUGGCAAAAAUGGCAAAUGGCAUGGGCUAAUCCUCCCAUGACUGAUGUCUUGGCAUUUCUACAUCACAAGUCUGGGUCUGGUAAAUCCCAAGACAGCCCCUUCCACAAUGCUCCUGCCGUCAUCCUUACUUGCCAAUCAGAUUCAGAUUGUGCCAUCAUUUGGCCUGACUGUUAAAUUUUUUUGUGUAAAUCUAAACGAGCUAUUGUUCAUUGUAGAUCUAAUGUGCAGGCUAUUGAGCCACUUGAGAACCAAUCUGAUAUUAAGUGCAAUAAGCUACCAAUGGGUUUCUUUUAUGCCAACUUGUAUGCUGCUGCUAAUGUAUUGCACAUGAUUCACUCGCCAUGUUUUCUCUUGCUUUUAUGUAAGUUUGAGUUUAUUCUGCUUAAAUGGUUUCUGACUCUGCUUCAUAAAGCAAAGUAAAUCCCAUGAAAGUCUCACAAAAGCACUAACUUUGUGGUGUAAAUUGGAGAGCAAAGACAUAUUCUUAUUUUGGUAGUGUUCAUGAAAUGACCACAGAUGGGAGAAAACAUUAAAAAAAAAAUACUCCAAAGGUAGGCACUUAAAGUGUCAGGUGGAUUUGUCAUAUUGAAAGAAAGAUUUUGGAGAAUACAGGGUGCCCCAAAAGUCUUAACGAGCUUCAAUAACUUAAAACUAUACUAAGACUUUAGUCCCUUUAAAAGGAUGCCCUAUAUUUUGUGCUUACAGUUAAUUCUUCUUUCCAGAGGGAUGAACUUAUUACAGGGUUUGCAAAAGAAAAUGAAGCUUGCCUCAGUUCAGUAAAUUCUACCACAGAAUAAUUUUUUCUUUUGUGAGAGUCUGCUUGGCAAACAAUACAUGAUGGCCAACUUCUGGUAGGGGUCUUCAUUAUUCGUUUGGAUUAUCCUUGGUUAUCAAUGAAACUGAUGGCUGUCCUUUCACUAGUACUCCAAGAAUUGCUACAUGCUGACCCCUGCUUGACAUUUUGUAAGAGUCAAGACAGGCAUGUGACUACAUUCACACACUCCUCUCUAAUCACCUUUGUCUGCAACCAUUGCUUUUUUUUUUCUUUUGUAAAAAUAUAAAUGACAAAACACUAUGAUCAUGGCAUCACUCAGAAGGGAGAGCAUGGAUUGGGUUGAAAAUUCCUUUUCCUGCUUCCAUGGCUCCCCCUGCUUAGCACACAUUAUCACAUUCAAUCAAGGUGUUACAAGAAUAGUACAUACUGCAUUUGUGUAUUAAUGGGAUGAGGUCUUUAAAUUGACUCAAAAGUCAAAGGGCUGUUCACCCUUAGGGUCUAAGCCAUGGUAUGGUUUUCCUGGCUCUUAAGACUGUAAAUAAAUACAUAUCAAAAAGUGUCCUUUAAUUCAAGGGAAAAUGAUCCCAUAAGGCCGAACUUGGCCUCCCUCAACUGCCUCAGGAGAAAAAUGUGCUGAUUGAGUAAGGCUGUCCAUGGCUGUACUCUUGGAUUUUAAAAAAUAAACACUGUGAUUAGAGGUUUUACUUUUUAUUGAACAGAUAUGAAAUGUGUGAUAUUGAAGGAGAUGGAAUGGCAGGAAAUAGCAAUGGGAUCAUGAAGGAAGUAUACUACCAAGUAACACUAUAUCCUUUUUAUAGCCAUGUUCUUUUGUUUGUUUACUGCUCUUUUGCCACUGUACAUGACAGUUCAAAAUGUGUUGGCUUUUCCAAUCAAAGAAAUAAAUCAUCUGGGCAGGAACAGAGGGGAUUGUGGGAAAGGAGGGAAGGUCCUAUGCGUGGCAGUCACUCACUUCCCUGCCUGGAUUCCAGAACAUAAUGUUGUUGAUUGUGAAUAGUUGGAAGGUGAUUUGCUAUUCUCUGGUACCCUGAUGAUGAGUCCGCCUCACUGCACCCCACCUCCCUGUUUUAUUUUUACGUAAAUGUUGCUUUUAGUUAACCUGUAUAUGAAUUUCAGGAGAUAUAAAUUCAGUCAGUGAAUAAAGCAACAUUUAAUUUUUUAAACUGUGAUUUUCAUAAUAUUUUAAUUCAUGUAUUUGUGUUUAAUAAUAAAAUGUCAGUUGUCUCUUGAUGUGGCCUAGGUGCCCUGGAAAAGUUCUUUAUCAUCUUGAAAAUGUCAGAAUAAAUAUUAGAAACCA